GUCAGCUGCUGUGAGUGCGCAGCACCGCUCCGCUCCGCUCUGCCAGAGACAGCAAGAGGAGGAGAGGGAGGAGAAGAUACAGCACACGGGCGAACACUCAGGAGCAUCAUGGCACCAAUUGGAUUAAAGGCGGUCGUUGGCGAAAAGAUUAUGAAUGAUGUCAUCAAGAAGGUGAAGAAGAAGGGAGAAUGGAAGGCUUUGAUUGUGGAUCAGCUCAGCAUGAGGAUGCUGUCCUCUUGCUGCAAAAUGACUGAUAUCAUGACGGAGGGCAUCACUAUUGUUGAAGACAUUAAUAAGCGGAGAGAGCCUCUCCCUUCACUGGAGGCCAUUUACCUGAUUACCCCAACUGAGAAGUCUGUGCAGACUCUCGUCAAUGACUUCAAAGAUCCCCAUUCAGCGAAAUAUAAAGGGGCUCAUGUGUUCUUCACUGACUCUUGUCCGGACCCCCUGUUUAAUGAUGUGGUGAAGAGCCGUGCCUCCAAAACCAUUAAAACCCUAACUGAGAUCAACAUCGCCUUCCUGCCCUAUGAGUCCCAGGUGUUCUCCUUGGACAACCCUGAUGCCUUCCAGAGUUUCUACAGCCCUCAUAAGACACAGCUGAAGAACCCUGUGAUGGAACGGUUGGCAGAGCAGCUGGCAACACUGUGUGCCACACUGAAGGAAUACCCUGCCGUCCGAUACCGAGGGGAGUAUAAAGAUAACGCCACUCUGGCUCAGUUGCUUCAGGACAAACUGGACGCCUACAAGGCAGAUGAUCCCACAAUGGGGGAGGGUCCAGACAAGGCUCGCUCUCAGCUCAUUAUUCUGGACCGAGGUUUCGACCCUGCUUCUCCUGUCCUACACGAGCUCACCUUCCAGGCUAUGGCCUAUGACCUGCUGCCCAUCGAGAAUGAUGUCUACAAGUACGAGACCAGUGGGAUAGGAGACUCCCGCGAGAAGGAAGUGCUACUGCAUGAAGACGAUGACCUCUGGGUGGCGCUACGGCACAAACAUAUUGCUGAGGUCUCACAGGAGGUGACACGCUCCCUGAAGGAGUUUUCUGCUAGUAAACGGAUGAAUACUGGAGAGAAGACCACCAUGAGGGACCUGUCUCAAAUGCUGAAGAAGAUGCCGCAGUACCAGAAAGAGCUCAGCAAGUACUCGACCCAUCUGCAGCUGGCCGAGGACUGCAUGAAGCACUACCAGGGAACCGUGGACAAGCUAUGCCGUGUAGAGCAGGAUCUCGCUAUGGGAACAGACGCAGAGGGCGAAAAGAUUAAAGACCCCAUGAGGGCCAUCGUGCCAAUCUUGCUGGAUGCCAACGUCAGCACCUACGACAAGAUCCGCAUCAUCCUCCUCUACAUUUUCCUGAAGAACGGGAUCACAGAGGAGAACCUUAACAAGCUGAUUCAACACGCCCAGAUCCCUCCUGAGGACAGUGAGAUCAUCACCAAUAUGGCUCAUCUGGGUGUCCCAAUCAUCACGGAUUCUACUCUCCGCAGAGGCAAGAAGCUUGAUCGUAAGGAGCGUGUGAGCGAGCAGACCUACCAGCUUUCUCGCUGGACCCCACUCGUCAAGGACAUCAUGGAGGAUGCUAUCGAUGACAAGCUGGACACCAAACAUUAUCCGUACAUCUCAACACGCUCGUCCUCUUCCUUCAGCACUUCUGCAGUCAGUGCUCGAUAUGGCCACUGGCACAAGAACAAAACCCCUGGAGAGUACCGUACGGGCCCUCGCAUCAUGGUCUUCAUUAUUGGGGGCGCGUCCUUUAGCGAGAUGCGCUGUGCCUAUGAGGUCACACAGGCUAAUGGCAAAUGGGAGGCCAUCGUUGGUUCUACUCACACGCUCACCCCAACCAAAUUUCUAAUGGACCUGCGGCACCCCGACUUCCGAGAAUCCACUAGGGUGUCCUUUGAGGACCCUGACCCCUCAGAAGAGUGAGAGAGAGAGAAAGAGGGAAGGGUGGGAGAGAGAAAUCACACUCUGACAAAGUUCGACCCAUAUCACCGGCCCCACCCAGCUUCUGGAUGCUCUCAAGGCCAUGAACAAACCCGACGAGGAGCAGACAAGCUAAAAUCACAACUUCCUUCCCCUCAACCCCAUCGCCCAGUUACCCUCUCCCUCCCUUCAUCUGUUGCCCUGUAAAUCGCACCUGCUCCUAUAUAAAUUGUGUAUGCAUCUUGCUUGAGAGAAAAAGAAAAAAAAAUAUAUAGAUGAUUGGUGACAAGUUAAAAAGAA